AUGUCCCUCACCAGCGCAACGCCAGAGGCCGCGGCCAAGGAGGCAAAGACGGCCUCGUUCGCACUGGCUUCGCUGCCGGCCUCGGCGCGCAACGCAGCCCUCGAUGCCAUCCACGCCGCCCUCUCCGCUUCCAAACAUGACAUUCUGGCCGCAAACGCCCGCGACCUCGAGCUCGCCAAAAAGGCCGCGGUCGACGGCGCCCUCGGCGAGGCCCUCGUCUCCAGACUGGACCUCGCCAAAAAGGGCAAGUGGGAGGACAUGCUGAAGGGCAUCUUGGACGUUCGGGAUUUGGAAGACCCAGUCGGCAAUAUUCAAUUGCGCACAAGGCUCGACGACGACUUCAUCCUCGAGCGGGUUUCCUGUCCCAUUGGUGUGAUUCUCAUCAUCUUCGAGGCACGUCCCGAGGUCAUUGCCAAUAUUGCCAGUCUGGCUGUCAAAUCUGGAAACGCUGCCAUUCUCAAGGGUGGCAAGGAGUCCACCGAGUCAUUCGUCGCCAUUUCAAAGGUCAUUUCGUCGGCCCUCGAAUGGACAGAGGUCCCCAACGGAGCGAUCCAACUCGUCACCACCCGCGACGCAAUCGCCCAGCUUCUCGCCCAGGACCGCUACAUCGAUCUCGUUAUCCCCCGCGGAUCCAACGAGCUCGUCCGUUACAUCAAGGAAUCGACCAAGAUCCCCGUGCUCGGGCACGCAGACGGCCUCUGCUCAAUCUACCUGACCGCCACUGCUGACCCCAAAAAGGCAAUCACCGCCAUCGUCGAUGCCAAGACGAGUUAUCCCGCCGGGUGCAACAGCCUCGAGACCCUGCUCGUCCAAGACACCGCUCUCGACACCUCGUUCCCCGGGGUGGCCGCCGCCCUCGCAGCCAAGGGCGUGUCGUUACGCUGCGACCCCGCCAGCAAGGCUGCCCUGGCGUCCCUGGCCGACGCCGACGUCAAGGCCGCGACCGAUGCCGACUUUGAUACUGAAUUCCUGAGCUUGACCCUCGCUGUAAAGACUGUAUCGAGUGUUGACCAGGCCAUUGAGCACAUCAACACCCACGGCUCGCACCACACCGACUCCAUCCUCACGGCGCAUGCUGCCGAGGCCGAGCGCUUCAUGAACCAGGUUGAUUCUGCAGGCGUGUACUGGAACGCCUCGACGCGCGUAGCGGACGGCAUGCGGUACGGUUUCGGCACAGAAGUCGGCAUCAGCACCAACAAGAUUCAUGCGCGUGGGCCUGUUGGUCUCGAGGGCUUGACCAUCUACAAGUACAAGAUCAGAGGGGACUACCAGGCCACGGCUGACUAUGGUGACGGAGAGGGCAAGCGGCCGUGGAAGCAUGAGAAGCUGCCUAUUGAAUGA